UUGUUGCGCUCGUGACUUGAAUUCUCUGUUUACAUGAUGUAAGCUAAGUGACGGCGUUAUUAGCCUUAUUUCCUUCUCAUCCGGUGGAUUAAAUUAACAAUAAUCUGAGCUGUUUGCUUUUGAAACGUCCUCUGAAGCGGAGCGAGGCGGGAUUUAUCGUCUGUGUCGGCGGGUUGUUGGUGGGACACGGAGAGAUGCUUCGGUGGAUUCUGGGUACUCAUGAAGCUCAGGGCUCUCUGGAGAAAAGCCCCGUGUUGUGCAUCGGAGAGGAACAGCCCAAGAACUGCUUCACUGAGCUGCAGGUGCUGAAAGGACAUUUUGACAUCGUUCGAUUCCUGGUGCAGAUUGAUGACUUCAGAUGUGCCUCAGCUGGAGAUGACGGCCUGGUUUUGGUGUGGAAUAUUGAGACUGGAGAGAGGCUGCAGGAGCUGCGAGGUCACUCCCAACAGAUCACCGCCAUCACCACAUUCACCUGCAGGGACCAGCUCACGUCACACACCUCGCUCAUCACCGCCUCGUCAGACCGCAGCCUCAGUCUGUGGGAUCCUGACUCGGGCCGCAGAGUUCAGAGCGUUUCAGAUCUUCAGUCCUCUGUGAAGUGUUUGCUGGUUCUGGAGCGUCUGUCUGUGUGGGUCUCCGGUGGGGCAGAGCUGUGUUUGUGGACCAAGCACCUCCAGGUGCGGUGCCUCAGACAGAACCGGAGCGAUACAGGAGUCACAGCUCUGAUCGAGCUGCCCAAGAACUGUCUGGCAGCAGCUGUGGAUAAGGAGAUCGUGAUCUACAGGCUGGCCAUCUCUGCUGACUCCUCUGUUUCUCUGGAUGAGGUCCACCGGCUGUCCAGUCACCAGGACCAGAUCAGAGCUCUCAUCAAUGUCAACGAUGGACGUUUUGCCAGUGGUUCCCAUGCCGGGGAAUUGAUCUUGUGGGACUCGGUCACCUGGAACAACGUGGCCUAUGAGCACAUCCUGUGGGAGGAGUCAAGCGCUCAGACUGAAAUAAGACUGGGUGUUCCCAAACCCAGCGAGAUGUCCAUUCAGCACCUGAGCACCAACGGAAACCUCGUCCUCGCAGCUGUGGGCUGUGGUCUUUAUGUGUACAAUGUCGUGACCAAAGCCGUGGUGGCGUACAGGAGGGCUGCACACAACUCUGACGUCUUGCACACCAUGCUGCUGUCCGACAGCGAGCUAAUGUCGUGCUCUGAGGACGGCAGUGUGAGGAUGUGGGAGAUCCAGGACCUGCCUUUACCUGCUGAACCUGCAUCUGCAG